AUGGAAUAUUACGAGGGACAACAUAAAGAUCGUUCACUUAAAGAUUGUAUGUUAUUGGUUGCUCAAAGAUUAACAAAAUAUCCUGUUUUGGUUGAACAGAUUGCCAAACAAGAAUCUCAACCAUCAAAACAAUUAUUAGCUCAAAAAGCCCAUUCUAUAGUUCGUGAAUUUGCAAUGCAAGUAGAUCAACAAUUAAUGCAGCAUGAAUUAAAUAAAAAAUGGACAGCUUUAAAAAAAGCUUUAGAUAAAUCUGCGGCUAUUGCUAAAUUGAUUCACCCAAAAGAUGGAAUUGACUUUUCUUUUGACGAUUUAGUUUGGCCUGUUGAAAAUGACUCAACAAUAACAUUAACUAAUUCAACAAAAAGUAUUGGAAGACGGCAAAUUUUAUUAAUAACACGUGCUUUUUGGCGUGAGACAAUGAAUGGACCUGAACUUGAACUUCGUUUAUUACUCUGUGAUGAUGUUAUUGUCUUCCUAAGACCUAAAGGUGGCGGUGGAGGAUCUUCUUCAUCUACAGUUAAUGUUGGCUUAAAUUCUAAUGCUGCCAAUACAAAAUUGCCUCCACUUCAAUUCUUUCGCCAUAUCUCUCAUUCUGGAGUUUUACCACUUCACUCAAUUUUAGUCCGUGGAGAAAAUGUUCGAAGAAAGAGUCUUCUUUUAAUUGUUACUGCUAAACAAAGACCAGACUUAUUUGAAUUUGCUUUUCCAACAAGUGUUGAAUUGGAAAAUUUUGCUUUAGCUAUUAAAAAAGCAAAGGUAGAAGCACCAAAUUUUGUUCGUUUAGCAGAUGGGAAAUGUUUUGAAUUUGCUGAUAAACCUAUUGGGGAUGGAAUGGGGAAACCUAUAAUUAAUUCUGAUGAUUUUAAAACACAAAUGGAAAAUUGGAAAUUGGAAUUGGAUCAACUUUUUGGUGAGGGGACUUGA